GUUGCCUAGCCUGAGGUGCUACAAAUGGUAGCUGGUGGUGAGUUGCGGUGAGGUUCGUGCGGAGAUAACACCUAGGAACAUUAAGGCAACCCAAGAUGCAUCGUGCAAGAUCAGUAUUAACAAAUCUGUUACCACUUACACCAUUAAUUCCACACGCUGCAGGACCUGAACGAUUUGCAGCAUGGUUAUUGCGAUCAGGAAGUGCCACCACCUCACUAUCAGUUACCAGUACCCGAAAUUACAGCGCAUCUGUAGCAGCAGAACCUUUUCUCAAUGGCAGUUCGUCGGCAUAUGUGGAAGAAAUGUACAAUGCUUGGUUGGCUGACCCAAAAAGUGUUCAUGUGUCAUGGGACACAUUUUUCCGAAGCAGCUCAGCGGGUGCUGCACCAGGCCAAGCAUACCAGCCUCCGCCUUCACUAGCUCCUCCAGGGAAGAACCAGGUUCCCAUUACAAGUCUUGCUCCUUAUUUGGGAGCAUCAUUGCCUGCUCUUGAUGGACAAGUUAAUGAAAAGAUAAUUGAUGACCACUUGGCUGUACAGGCGAUCAUCCGUUCAUACCAGAUUCGAGGUCAUCACAUCGCCAAGCUGGAUCCCCUGGGAAUCUCAAGUGCAGACCUGGAUGACAAAACUCCUCCAGAAUUGCUGUACAGCCACUACAGCUUUGGCAAGCGAGCAAGCACCACUUAUUCUCAAGAUCUGCAGCGGAAAGUGGCUUCGAUGAUGGAAAAGGAGACCGACAUGGACCGUGUUUUCAAGCUGCCCUCAACUACAUUCAUUGGUGGUAAAGAGAAAGCUCUUUCUUUACGAGAGAUCCUGAGAAGACUUGAAAAUGCCUACUGCCGUCACAUUGGUGUGGAAUUCAUGUUCAUAAAUUCCCUGGAACAGUGCAACUGGAUACGCCAAAAACUGGAAAGCCCUGGUGUGAUGGAAAUAACGAAUGAUGAAAAGAGGCUUAUUCUCGCAAGACUCACUCGAGCAACUGGGUUUGAAGCAUUUCUGGCAAGAAAAUGGUCAAGUGAAAAAAGGUUUGGUUUGGAGGGUUGUGAAAUCCUGAUACCAGCCAUGAAGCAGAUUAUUGAUAGCUCAACAGAGUUUGGAGUGGAAUCUAUUGUGAUGGGUAUGCCACACAGAGGUCGUUUGAAUGUUUUGGCCAAUGUUUGUCGGAAGCCUCUGGAACAGAUUUUUACUCAAUUUGCUGCCCUGGAAGCUGCAGAUGAUGGGUCAGGUGAUGUCAAAUACCAUUUGGGUACUUACAUUGAACGUUUAAACCGUGUGACUAACAAAAACAUUCGACUAGCUGUGGUAGCCAACCCUUCGCAUCUUGAGGCUGUAGACCCUGUUGUUCAGGGGAAGACACGUGCUGAACAAUUCUACCGUGGUGAUGGAGAAGGAAAGAAGGUUAUGUCCAUGCUGCUACAUGGUGAUGCUGCAUUCUGUGGUCAAGGCAUAGUGUAUGAGACCUUUCACUUGUCAGAUCUGCCUGAUUACACUACACAUGGAACCAUUCAUAUUGUAGUCAACAAUCAGAUUGGUUUCACCACCGACCCAAGGCAUUCACGGUCCUCCCCAUAUUGCACUGAUGUUGCCAGGGUGGUAAAUGCACCCAUCUUCCAUGUCAACUCAGAUGACCCUGAAGCUGUAAUGCAUGUGUGUAAAAUUGCUGCAGAAUGGAGAGCAACAUUCCACAAAGAUGUUGUAAUUGAUAUUGUCUGCUACCGACGCAAUGGCCACAAUGAAAUUGAUGAACCCAUGUUCACCCAACCAUUAAUGUAUCGCAAGAUCCGUAAAACGCCGCCAGCAUUGGACAAAUAUGCAGAUAAACUAAUAAAUGAAGGCGUUGUUACAGCAGAAGAGGUUAAGGAUGUUCGUGACAAAUAUGAGAAAAUAUGUGAAGAUGCUUUGGAAAAUGCGAGAAAAGAGACACACAUAAAGUAUAAGGACUGGCUUGAUUCUCCAUGGUCUGGUUUCUUUGAAGGCAAAGAUCCACUGAAAGUAUCUCCAACUGGUGUCAAGGAGGACACCCUGGUUCACAUUGGCAAGAAAAUGUCAUCACCACCACCAAAUGCUGCAGAAUUUGAAAUACAUAGAGGUUUGGAACGUAUAUUGAAAGCACGAAUGGAAAUGGUGGAGUCAAGAACAGUUGACUGGGCUCUUGGUGAAGCAAUGGCUUUUGGUUCACUGCUGAAGGAAGGAAUCCAUGUACGCUUGAGUGGACAAGAUGUGGAGAGAGGCACAUUCAGUCACAGACACCAUGUACUUCACCACCAGAAAGUUGAUAAAGCUACAUACAGACCUCUGUGUCACAUUUACCCUGAUCAGGGUCCUUAUAUUGUUUGCAAUAGCUCUUUGUCGGAGUUUGGAGUGUUGGGCUUUGAACUGGGAUAUUCUAUGACAAAUCCAAAUGCAUUGGUUUGCUGGGAAGCCCAAUUUGGAGAUUUCAACAAUACAGCACAAUGCAUCAUCGACCAGUUUAUAUCUUCAGGCCAGGCCAAGUGGGUGCGGCAGUCUGGUCUGGUGAUGUUGCUACCCCAUGGACUUGAAGGGAUGGGUCCUGAGCAUUCUAGUGCUCGUCUAGAGAGAUUCCUGCAGAUGUCUUCUGAUGACCCUGACUAUUUCCCACCAGAGAGUGAAGAGUUUGCUGUGCGACAGUUACACGAUAUCAACUGGAUUGUAGCAAACUGCUCAACACCAGCCAACUAUUUCCACAUUCUGCGCCGGCAGAUAGCCCUUCCGUUCCGCAAGCCCCUCAUUUUGAUGACCCCAAAAUCACUGUUGCGUCAUCCUGAGGCCAGAUCAAGUUUUGACGAAAUGACUGAGGAAACACAAUUUCUCAGGGUCAUCCCAGAGGAUGGAGCCCCAAGCCAAAAUCCAGGAGGUGUGAAGAAAUUAGUUUUCUGCACAGGCAAGGUGUUCUAUGACUUAAGGAAAGCCCGUGAAGAGAAAAAAUUGAGCAGUGAUGUAGCCAUUACAAGGAUUGAGCAGAUCUCCCCUUUCCCGUAUGACUUGGUGAAGAAGGAGUGUGCAAAGUAUCCAAAUGCCCUUCUAUGCUGGGCACAAGAGGAACACAAAAAUCAAGGUUCAUGGACAUACGUUCAACCACGAUUCCACACGGCAAUAAAUGGAACCAGGGAUAUUGUAACGCCUGAGGUGCAGCACGGUGGGUUGUUUAGCAGGUUCUUUGGCAGACAGUCUGAACCCGCUGAAACUGAGAGCUCGAAACUUCACCCUCCCUCUUCUGCAAUCAGACAAAUUAGUUAUGCGGGUCGGCCUACAGCUGCAUCUCCAGCGACCGGUAGCAAAGUCCAUCACCUUAGAGAACUUGCUGCUCUCCUUGAUGAGGCAAUGGCCAUUUGAGCAGUGUCUUUCUAGCUCAUGGUUCCAGUUUCAAAACUUGUCAUGUCACAUUCAUACAUGACAGUGGCUAGAAGGCUUGUAUUCCCUGUGCACAUUUUCCAACAGAGCCUGAAGAUUUCCACCAGAUGCUUUAAUAGCACAGAGCACUAUCUCGGUAGGCAAGAACAACUGUCUUAGUUCUAGCAGUGUGCAGUUUUCGGGGCAUUUUUGCCCAAUAAUAAACAGCUGUGUUCUGUGUUGGAACAUGGUGUGUGCUGACUUUCAGGCAGCUUAGUAUUCAGUACAAUAAUAUUCAUGUGAAAGCCAUGAAAUUUCUAUCGCAGAGUGGUUGUGUCACUUAAAAUAGAAACUGAUAUGAAGAUUGUAUUUGCUAUCCUUUUGUAUAUGUGAGAAAUUAAUUUUCUUAUGGACUUUACAUUUUGUGCAAAAGUAAUGUAUGCUGAGAAAUAGGUCAUCAAAUAUUUGUUUUGCUUUUUAUCUGCAUUAGAUGUUUGUUUUAACUGUCUAUAAAUCAGUAUUUUAGAACAUAUGUGGAACAUUUAGCUUUUACUUACAUCAUAGUGACACUGCUGCUUUCUGAUGUUUUUACAUAUCAAUAUCAGCAAUGCAAAUAUCAACCUUUGGGAUUGAGAGUCUGCUUGUAACGAUAGCAAGAUUAUUAUUAUUCCCCCCCCCCCCCCCCCCUCCCCCUGAUCUGCAUUAAUUGCUGCCCAACAAGUAAUUUAUGUCCAGUUUUGAGUGCUGAAUGCUAAAGUUACUUAUUUAGCAAUAUUAACUUACUUUUGUUCCAUUUAGUCUGUAUUUUAUAGGCUCUGGUGAGGUUUACUUAAUGUAGGAUUUCCAAAGGUACUGUUCAUUUGUAAAGGAACAUUAAAUUCCUUCAUGACGUGUGUGAAAUAUUGAUAUGUAUGGAUUUCAUAUUUUUCUCAUACAGUUGUUAUAACAUUGCUUCUGGGAGGCAUGUACUGAUAUGAAAUGUCAGUGCACUGCACACUGCAACUUAAGUGUAUUUUAUUUUACAUUUGUAACUAAUGUACAUACAUCUGUAGAGAAGUAAUUUACCAAAGCUGAUCUGUUAAAAGUUCUGGAAUACUCAUUGCAUAUAUCUGGACUGUUAAUGUAAAACUUUGGAUUGGAGCCCAUGGUUUCAAAUGCUUUUUUUUCUGUUCAAACAAACUGGUGUUAUAUAUUGAAUAUUGUUAGAAACUAACAUCAAUACACACAUGCUGUUGAGUAUUUCUUUUAUCAGAGACAGUAGAUUCAAUUCUGAGCAAAUUGUGUGAUGUAACAUGGGCUAUGCUAUUACUUUAUGAACUGCAGAUCCUUUAAAAGUGACUUGUAUGAUAUGUUUCUCCUGUAGAAGACAAAUCUUUAUUCUGCACUUUUAUGUGAUUUCUUGUUGGUGAAGGACUGAUAUGAUUGUUGAUGAAUAUGAGCUCAUGAGUAAUUUAUUUUUGAAAAUAAAUGUGUGACUGUGUUGUAUAGAUAAUAUUGAUGUAUGUGAGUGUUAAAAAGAAAGUGCAGUAACCUGAAGAA